AGCAGCGGCAGCGCCGGGCCGGGGUGGAUGCAAGCAACCAUGAAAGGCUGGGUCUCCGCCUCCUCCGCUGCUGCCAGAGAGCUGCCGGCUGCCGCUGCUCGGAGGACUACCCUGUGAAGGGGGCGGAGGAGAGGCUGGCUGGGUUCGCCGUGCAAAGGUAGAAGGUGUAAGGGAGAGGCGGAAAGAAAAUGUCUUCUUCGGUGGGGCCCCGCGGCCCUCGCCCGCCCACGGUGCCUCCCCCGAUGCAGGAGCUGCCCGACCUGAGCCACCUGACAGAGGAGGAGAGGAACAUCAUCAUGGCAGUGAUGGACCGGCAGAAAGAGGAGGAAGAAAAAGAAGAGGCCAUGCUCAAGAGGUUGCAUCAACAAUUUGAAAGCUAUAAAGAGCAAGUAAGAAAGAUAGGGGAAGAAGCCCGCCGUUACCAGGGAGAGCACAAGGAUGAUGCUCCAACAUGUGGAAUCUGUCAUAAAACAAAGUUUGCAGAUGGUUGUGGCCAUUUGUGCUCUUAUUGCCGGACCAAGUUCUGUGCUCGAUGUGGAGGUCGUGUCUCUCUGCGAUCAAACAAUGAGGACAAAGUGUACAGGAAUACUGUUCCUCCUCAUGGUGGAUCACAUUCAGCUGUACCUGUAAGAGUUAUGUGGGUAUGCAAUUUAUGUCGAAAGCAACAAGAAAUCCUAACGAAAUCUGGAGCGUGGUUUUUUGGGAGCGGCCCGCAGCCCUCGCCCAGCCAGGACGGAACGCUGAGUGAUACGGCGACCGGCGCCAGCUCGGAUGCACCGAGAGAAAAGAAAGCAAGACUUCAAGAGAGAUCGAGGUCACAGACUCCCUUAAGCACAGCAGCUGCCUCAUCACAGGAAAUCUCCUCUUCCAGUGUGCAGCCUGACCGUAGGAAAGGAGCAGAGGUGUCGCAGCCGGCUAUGGGCCCGGACCAAAAGCAAGCUUCAAGGUCUAGAAGUGAACCUCCAAAAGAGAGGAAGAAGGCAGUAUUGGUUUCUGACCAGAAUGGCAAAGGUGUAAAGAGUGAGCGUAAGCGUGUGCCAAAAUCCUCACUUCAGAAAGAAGCACCAACAGAUGACAGGGAGCGUAAAGAGCGGCAUGAAGGUAGAAGGCUGGAGAAAGGCAAGUCACAGGAUUACCCAGACUUGCCAGAGAAACUUGAGGAAGGCAAAGUGCCUGAUGAUGAAAAACAAAGGAAGGAAGAUGAAUAUCAUACCCGUUACAGGAGUGACCCCAAUCUGGCAAGAUAUCCUGUAAAACCACACCCUGAGGAGCAGCAGAUGCGCAUGCACGCCAAGGUUUCCAAAGCACGACACGAGAGAAGACACAGUGAUGUAGCUUUGCCACACACAGAAAUGGAGGAAGCGGAGGUACCUGAGAAUAAAUUAGGAAAACGCUCACAAUUACAGGGAACUCAGGACAGAAAAUCUCUUGUGGAAACUCAGAGGUCGUACUCUAUAGACAGAACAGGUGAUGUAAGAAUUUCUGUUUCUAAACAAUUAACUAAUCAUAGUCCACCAACUCCCAGGCAUAGUCCAGUUCCUAUAGAACACGUAGAAUACAAGAACCACGAUUCCUUUAUAAAACAGAGCCGCCUUGAUCCUAGCUCUGCUAUUCUCAUGCGAAAAGCAAAGCGGGAGAAAAUGGAGACCAUGCUAAGGAAUGAUUCCCUUAGCUCUGACCAGUCGGAAUCAGUGCGGCCAUCCCCUCCAAAGCCUCAUAGAGCAAAAAGAGGCGGAAAGAAAAGGCAGAUGUCAGUUAGUAGCUCAGAGGAAGAAGGGGCAUCAACACCAGAAUAUACUAGCUGUGAAGAUGUGGAGAUAGAAAGUGAAAGUGUCAGUGAAAAAGGUGACUUGGAUUAUUACUGGCUGGAUCCUGCCACGUGGCACAGCAGGGAGACGUCCCCUAUUAGUUCGCAUCCCGUGACGUGGCAGCCUUCCAAAGAGGGAGAUCGCUUAAUUGGGCGUGUUAUUCUUAACAAGAGAACAACCAUGCCUAAAGAAUCAGGUGCAUUACUGGGGCUAAAAGUUGUUGGAGGAAAAAUGACAGAAUUAGGACGACUCGGUGCCUUCAUUACCAAAGUGAAGAAAGGUAGCUUGGCUGAUGUGGUGGGGCAUCUCAGAGCAGGGGAUGAAGUUCUAGAAUGGAAUGGUAAACCCUUGCCUGGAGCUACAAAUGAAGAAGUUUACAACAUUAUUUUAGAAUCAAAAUCAGAACCUCAAGUUGAAAUCAUUGUUUCAAGGCCUAUUGGUGAUAUUCCACGAAUUCCCGAGACUUCCCACCCCCCGUUAGAGUCUAGUUCAAGUUCUUUUGAAUCUCAGAAGAUGGAAAGGCCUUCUAUUUCUGUUAUAUCUCCAACUAGCCCUGGAGCCCUACGGGAUGCACCUCAGGUCCUACCAGGGCAGCUUUCUGUUAAACUCUGGUAUGACAAAGUGGGACAUCAGUUAAUAGUAAAUGUUCUACAGGCAACCGAUUUGCCACCAAGAGUAGAUGGACGCCCCAGAAAUCCCUAUGUAAAAAUGUAUUUUCUUCCAGACAGAAGUGAUAAAAGUAAAAGAAGGACCAAAACAGUAAAGAAAAGCCUAGAGCCAAAAUGGAAUCAAACUUUUCUCUACUCACAUGUACAUCGUAGAGAUUUUAGAGAACGAAUGCUUGAAAUCACUGUAUGGGAUCAGCCAAGAGUACAAGAAGAAGAGAGUGAAUUUCUUGGAGAGAUUCUUAUAGAGCUGGAGACAGCACUUUUAGAUGAUGAACCACAUUGGUAUAAGCUACAGACACAUGAUGAAUCUUCACUACCUCUGCCUCAGCCAUCACCAUUCAUGCCAAGAAGACAUGUUCAUGGUGGAGAAAGCACUAGCAAAAAAUUACAAAGAUCUCGGCCAAUCAGUGAUAGUGACAUCUCAGAUUUUGAUGUUGAUGAUGGUAUUGGAGUUGUUCCUCCAGUAGGUUAUAGGUCUAGUACUAGAGAAAGUAAAUCCACAACGCUAACUGUGCCAGAACAGCAAAGAGCAACAACACAUCAUCGUUCACGUUCUGUGUCUCCUCACCGUGGUGACGAUCAGGGCAGGCCCCGUUCACGUUUACCAAAUGUGCCAUUACAGAGGAGUUUAGAUGAAAUUCAUCAAAUGAGAAGAUCACGUUCUCCAACUAGACACCAUGAUGCCUCCAGAACUCCAGUUGAUUACAGAUCCAGAGAGAUGGAUAGUCAGUAUUUAUCUGAUCAAGAAAGUGAGCUUCUUAUGCUGCCCAGAGCAAAGCGAGGAAGAAGUGCAGAGUGCCUACAUACCAUCAGCUCAACUCUUCCUGCAUGUGCUAAGACCAAAUCCGUGAUUAGACAGGAUAUUUCACUCCUUCAUGAUUGCCUUAAUUCACGAAUAUCGAAAUGUGGAGAUGAUCUGCUGGUUAGUGAACUGCAGCCCUCCCUUGACAGGGCUAGGAGUGCUAGUACCAACUGCUUGAGACCAGAUACUAGUUUGCAUUCACCAGAACGAGAAAGCGGUAGAUGGUCCCCCUCCCUAGAGAGGAGACGACCUACUAGUCCCAGGAUUCAUAUCCAGCAUGCAUCUCCGGAGGAUGACAGAACAAGGACGCUGGAGUCUUGCAUUCCAAAACAGGACAGUGUAGACCACCUAAGUGCUAAACCUGGAGCAGCACAGAGGCAGUCCAGAAAAGUGGAAAGAUAUAGCAGCCAAAAACAAACUAGGAAAGGUCCUGCAGCUGAAGCAGAAAGAACACAUCAGCAAGGAAGUCCCACGCAGUCUCCUCCUGCAGACACCUCCUUCAGCAGUCGUAGGGGAAGACAGCUACCGCAAGUUCCCGUAAGGAGUGGCAGUAUAGAGCAAGCAAGCUUAGUAGUGGAGGAGCGAACGAGACAGAUGAAAAUGAAAGUGCACCGUUAUAACCAGACAUCAGGGUCUGGUUCUAGCCAAGAACAUGAGCGUGAGCAAUAUACCAAGUAUAACAUACAAACAGAUCAGUACAGAAGUUGUGAUAACGUCUCUGCCAAGUCAUCAGAUAGUGAUGUCAGUGAUGUGUCAGCCAUUUCCCGAACCAGCAGUGCCUCUCGCCUCAGCAGCACAAGUUUCAUGUCAGAGCAAUCUGAGCGCCCCCGGGGCAGGAUCAGUACAUUUACUCCUAAAAUGCAAGGCAGACGGAUGGGGACUCCGGGGAGAAUCACUAAGAGCACAAGUGUGAGCGGAGAGAUGUAUAAGCUGGAGCACAUUGACGGGAGUCAGUCGGACACGGCUGUCGGCAUGGUUGGAACAGGUGGGAAGAAAAGGCGUUCCAGCUUUAGUGCCAAAGUGGUUGCCAUAGUGUCUCGAAGGAGCAGGAGCACAUCUCAGCUUAGUCAAACAGAGGCUGGCAGCAAGAAGCUGAAGAGCACGAUACAGAGAAGCACAGAAACAGGAAUGGCAGCAGAGAUGAGAAGUCGUAUGGUUCGACAGCCAAGUCGAGAAUCCACUGACGGCAGCAUAAAUAGUUAUAGCUCCGAGGGCAACUUAAUAUUUCCUGGAGUACGGCUGGGCGCUGACAGUCAGUUCAGUGAUUUCCUCGAUGGACUGGGACCUGCACAGUUAGUAGGCCGACAAACACUAGCAACCCCUGCCAUGGGUGACAUCCAGAUUGGAAUGGUGGAUAAAAAAGGCCAGUUAGAAGUAGAAGUCAUUAGAGCCCGUGGCCUCACACAAAAACCUGGCUCCAAAUCUACCCCAGCACCAUAUGUCAAAGUGUAUUUACUGGAAAAUGGAGCAUGUAUAUCUAAGAAGAAGACAAGAAUUGCAAGGAAGACGCUUGAUCCUCUGUACCAACAGACACUGGUUUUUGAGGAAAGUCCACAGGGUAAAGUCCUUCAGGUAAUAGUUUGGGGAGACUAUGGCCGAAUGGACCACAAAUGCUUCAUGGGAGUUGCCCAGAUCCUUCUGGAGGAACUGGAUCUGUCCAGUGUGGUAAUAGGCUGGUAUAAAUUAUUUCCACCUUCAUCGCUAGUGGAUCCAACAUUGACUCCCCUGACACGCAGGGCUUCCCAGUCAUCUCUGGAAAGUUCAACUGGGCCUCCCUGCAUUAGAUCAUAGUAGCAGGUGCUGUCUAUUCAAAACAUCACCCAGGAUAACAAUUGGAACCAGAUAUUCACAUAAUCAAGAAACACUGUUGGAGAGAGACAAUCACUUCCGUUUUUGCUUGUAGUAGUUAUUCAAACAUAUGUCUGUCUGUUGAAAGAUGGCUUAAAUUGACAGA